UUUGUUAAUUUUAUUUUGUUAUUGUUAUAUUUUUAUGUUUAACAAAAAUGACGUUCUAUUUGUAAUUAAGUAUUUUUGCGAAAGUUCAGCUCGACUUAUUCUAUAACUCCGAUAAUAGGUUAAAAAAAAUCUAUUUAUCAAUUCUUCAAUUGUGGUUAUAUUUUGUUUUCAAAUUAACAGAUAACAUGGCUCAAAUAUUGAAGAAUGUUUGGAGGAAUGUAUUGAGUGGAAGCUCAUUUACUAAAACGCCAUUUAAAGCAACAAGUUUCACAACAAGCUUGUCUGAAGUUGGCUGGGUGAGAAAUACGGAUACAAUAAUGACAAGCAUUAAGACUGCACCAACACCAGAGAACAUCCUUGCCACAGUACAGCAACACCUCCCUAUAAUGACACACAAGCAUCUUCUUCAAGCUCUGCGCAGUCUCUUUGAACUGCAGAAGUCUGGCAAAUUUGAACAAACUGAUGAACUCAUAAAAGAUCCAACAUUUAGUGUACUCUGUCAGAAUGUUAAAAAACAUGCAAGAGCCCUUGACGUUAAUGAAGCUAUCGAGGCUGUUAAAGUACUAUCAUUUCUGAGGGUUCCCGUUGACUCCCUGAUUCUACAAACAAUGCUGCAGUUAAUACGGACAAAUAUAAACCUUAUAAAUAUAAGACAGAUUAUGUUCUUAGACUUUCUUUUAGAUCAAUUUGACAGCAAGAAUCAUUUAGUAGACGUACUGAAGCUGGCAUUGCCACUUACGUUUCAAAUUCAUUUACCAUUAGAAUUAGACAAUGAUGACCUGCCUCUUCUAAGGGAUAUGCUGAUCUACAGUUGCAAUCAUGAUUUACCAGACCGUUGUAUCAACAACGUGGUUACGGGUCUUCUGUUACACGACCAGAGAAUAGACGCCCAAACCGCCAAAUCUAUAGUCUGGUCUUUGUGCCAAGUUAACUGCACAGAGAAGGUCUUUCCGACUAGAGUCCAACUAUUACAUAUUUGCUAUGACAUAAUAGCACAACAGAUAGACCAGUUACAUUAUAAUGAGGUGCUUAGAACUGUCGCCAAGAUAAAGGGUCGAGUACUGGAGAAGCAUCCGGAGUACUACCAGGAACAGCUGUUAGACGCUAUUGCUGAUUACGUCAUCAGGAAUAAUAUUGAAUUUGAGCCAGCCUUACUGAUCGCAAGGGUGCUGUCGAGAGUUGCCCACACACACUUAGGUCUCAUGGAGUAUCUCUGUAACCUAGCAUUAAAUGAAGAAAACAACCUGUCCACCGUACGCACCAAUAUUCUCUUCAGUUUCAUCAACUGCUUGUCCAAUAACAACUACACUCCUGAUCUGGACCAAUGGGAUGUGAUUCGCCAAAAUAUAUCAGAGAACCCAAUCCUGAGUGCCACUAACGCAGCGUUGCCUUGGACUAAAGUUUGUCUUGAGCUUGCCUCACUCGGUCACUACGAUGAUAAACUCCUUGAAAAAGUCUUCUCCGAAAAAUUCCUGAUUGAAUAUCUCGCACGUGAAAAGAAUACUCUAGAUUUGCUUCAACUUCUUACCUUACAUGAAGCAGUAAAUGCUUUUUAUAGUGAUGAAUAUAAAUUGCCUCAGGAUAUUAUACAAAAGGCAAAAGACGCAUACCCAAUUCAUGCAGCAACAGAUAAUGUUAUGAAUUAUUUGGCUCGAGGUUUGGGUGGCAAAGAGUACUUGGCGAAGAAUGUAGUUUUGCCAAAUGGAUUCAUUGCUGAUAUAUUACUAGCUUUGAAAAAUGGCACCCCCGUAGUGAUACCUAAAUAUACACAAGAAAAUGAAAAAGUACUAAUAGAAAAUCUUAAUUUACCUAUAGAUGUGCUCCCUACUUGCCUUCUUAUGUUCAACCAGGGCUGUUAUUCAAUGAAUAGUAAUCGUCUGCGCGGUACUUUCCGGUUAGUGUUGGAUACGCUGGAGAAACAAGGCUAUGUUGCGGUGUCCAUCAAUGUAUCAGAGUGGAUGAAGACUCCAAGCCAUGAACGCAUCCCCUACCUUAUGCGAGAAAUUGACUACAAGUGUGGCGAAAUGGGAAUGAAGUUGUCGGCCACUUGAGAAGUGCGGAAUUUACAACAGUGACCAUAUUGUUGUGAUAGACAAUGUAGACAAAAUUCUAGUGAAAAACUUUUCAGUUAGCACUUGUUAAAUUUUUAUUAAAGUAUUAUGAAGGACUAGUUUUAA